GGUGAAAAUUUUGAUCAGUCACAUGUUGCUCUGCCAAAUGUUUCCAAGUUCUUCUUGCAUCAAGCUCUGGAAGAGAGAAAAGCAGCAGAGGCUUUGAUGAAGUAUCAGCAAGAAAGAGGAGGCCAUUACUGUUCUAAAACCAUCCAGAAACCAAACUAUGAGUAUGCAGUCGGUCUGAUGAAAGCCCUGGAAGUAGCAAUGGUACAGUGGAAAACUAUGAUGCGGUAUUUUGAAGAGCUUUAUGCCCUGAGUAUCGAAAGUGCAGACCCUCAUAGCGCAAGCACUAUCAAGAGUCAAUUUAUUGGGCCCAAAAUCCGGAAGAUCAAGCUGAUGGGAGAUCUGCUGACCAAUGCUCGCAGGCUUGACUGUUCCCAAGAUGGCAGAAAUAGUCUUGGGGAUUAUUUUAUGGACCGGCUGCAGAAAGAGUUCAGAACAUGCACAGAGCCAGAGUGUAGUCAGCACUGCGGCCCCUGCUCACCUCUCCAGCAGUGUACAGGAUCUGCAGAGGGUCUGAAGCGACCCCAGAGAGAAUUUUCCCAGCACAGAAAUGGCAUAGGGCCAGCAUGUGCAACCAUUUACUGCACUACCAUGCUGCCACAGUGUAACGAUGGGACAGGAGCAAAAGUGAAGCAGAGCAGGGAGGGACUUUAAUGCUGUGGCUGUUGCAGCUACAGGGGAGCUCCUAAGGCAGACCUGUAUGGACAGCAGCCUUGAGACCAGAACUCAGGAGAUGUGAUGCUGUAUUGCUCCUCCUGCUUUUACACGCUUUUCCUUUGUCCUCAGUUGAGCCACAGCUCAAAAUCUAGACCAUACCAUUAUUUUGUUUAAGUGAUAGCAGGGUUGCUAGUUACCUAGGCUGUCAGCAUUAGUUCCACUUUUAUCUAUGCAAUUCUUUCUGGAAGCCAAAAGCUUUUAAGCCUCUUUUCUGUCUUAAAUGAUUAAUAGGAUUAGUUAGUGCAAAUUAUUUUUAACAAUAUAUAUAACUUUUAUU